GGCGGCGCGUGGUUAGUUACGGCCCUUGAGUCCCGUCUUGCCGGCUACUUCCGGUGGUGAGAAAGCGUAGGGCUGACGUUAUAAAUAAUCAACAAAGCCGAUGGUCUAUCUGGAAAUAUUUUAUCGAUAGAUUUUACAUCCACGCAGCAAAAAUGACGGUCGGACGCAGCUCUAAGAUGCUGCAGCACAUCAACUAUAGGAUGAGGUGCACACUGCAGGAUGGACGGACAUUUAUUGGAACCUUCAAAGCAUUUGACAAACACAUGAACCUUAUUCUUGGGGACUGUGAUGAGUUCCGUAAGAUAAAGCCCAAGACAGCUAAGAGUGGUGAGAGGGAAGAGAAAAGAGUCUUAGGCUUGGUCUUGCUUCGAGGAGAGCAUUUAGUUUCUAUGACAGUGGAAGGACCACCCUCAGCAGAGGAGGGAAUAGCACGUGUGCCUCUUGCGGGAACAGCAGGGGGCUCAGGUAUGGGGCGAGCAGCUGGUCGUGGUGUGCCAGCAGGUGCUGGAAUGGGUGCUGGUGCUCCAGGCUUACAAGGUCCGGUGCGAGGUGUGGGUGGUCCAUCGCAACAGAUGAUGACUCCAGCAGGUCGUGCUACAGUGUCUGCACCAGCAAGACCUGCCAUGCCUCGAGGCAUGCCCCCUAUGGGAGGACCUCCGCGGGGACCUCCAAUGAUGAUGGGUGGUGUGCGACCUCCUGGGCCGGGUGGCAGAGGAGUUAUGCCCCCUCGGGGACCUAUGCCUGGUAUGAUGAGAGGAAUGCCACCAGGCAUGCGUGGGCCGCCACCCAUGUAGACGUGACCUCAUCUCACUCAUCACCUCACCCCUGUCUGACCGUGAGAGUCGCGCUUGACGAGGAGGGCGGCUGGAGGAGGCGAGGAGCUUGGUGCCGACUAAACUGUAUCGGCUGCCGGACUCGCCCUUGUUCGCCCUGCGGUCUUGCUGAUCGGGUGUUGCUGACACUGAACUCACUGUUGGGCAGCAAGCAGGGAGGGGAGGGGGACAGCUUGUGACUUCAUCGACUCCACAUUUCCAUUGUCAUCACUUUGUUCACAUCGCCUGCAGUUUUUGUCAUUAAAAUCUACGUUUUUUCCUACACCUUCAAUGUUUAUAUUAAAGAGAGAUGUUUACUC